AUGGACAUCCUUCUUGAUGUUCUCGACACGUUCGUUUUUGAUCGACUCUAUGCAUCGAUAUUGCCUGAUACCAAUACAGGCUCUGAAGCCAUUAAUUCGAGCCUCUUGAACCAACAUGUCAAGGUCUAUCUCCCCUUGGAUCCAUCUAGUUGGGCAGAAGCCAGUCUAUUGAAGCGAGACAAUAUGGCGAGACAAACCUUGUCCCUAUUUUUGAUGAUCUGGUUCUUCGGCCUAGCCAUGUACCUCAUCGGUAGCUUCAUCAUGUACCACACAGUAUAUGACAAGCGCCUCCUAAAACACCCACGAUACCUCCCAAACCAAAUCCAGCAAGAGAUCAACCAAGGCCUCUCUGCGAUGCCCGUCAUGGCUAUCCUCACAGCACCUCUUUUCCUUGCAGAGGUGCGCGGGUGGUCCAAACUCUACAAUUUCGCAAGCGAGGCACCAUUUCCAGGAUAUAACUGGCUGCAAUACCCCCUCUUUAUCUGCUUCACCGACAGCGGAAUCUAUUGGAUUCACCGUGGCUUGCAUCACCCUCUUGUUUAUCGCUGGCUACAUAAGCCACACCACAAAUGGGUCGUUCCGACACCUUUCGCGAGCUAUGCAUUUCACCCUCUGGACGGUUGGUCACAAAGUCUGCCAUACCACAUCUUCCCCUUCCUCUUUCCGCUGCAGAAGGUUGCAUACCUGGGAUUGUUCGUCUUUGUCACAGUUUGGACUGUUCUGAUCCAUGACGCCGAGUACCUUUCCACCUCCGAGAUUAUCAAUGGUGCAGCAUGCCACACUAUGCAUCACCUUUACUUCAACUAUAAUUAUGGCCAAUAUAUCACAAUCUGGGAUCGACUGGCGGGUACAUACCGCAAGCCUGAGGAAGACGCCUUCAUAAGGGAUCAAAAUUAUACCGGGAAGAUCAUUGAUAAGGAGGAUUGA